CAAAAACCAAAUAGAGACAAAAUGGCUGCAACGCCGAAAUACCUCACCGGCGACAGUGCCGGGAUCAAGGAGUUUAUUGACAAGUUUGACACGUUCUUGUUUGACUGCGAUGGUGUAUUAUGGAACGGAGACCAUGCGUACGAGGGCGUCCCUGAGACAAUUGCCCUUCUCAAGUCAAAAGGCAAGAGGCUUGUCUUCGUAACAAACAACUCUACAAAGUCACGGGAAGACUAUGUCAAGAAGCUCGCCAAACUAAACAUCCCCGCCGAGGCCGAGGACGUCUUUGGCUCCUCCUACUCCGCCGCCAUCUACAUCAACCGCAUCCUCAAGCUGCCCCCCGGCAAGAACAAGGUCUUUGCCAUUGGCGAAUCCGGCAUGGAAGUCGAGCUGGCCUCGGAGGGCAUCCCGUUCAUCGGCGGCACGGACGCCAGCUUCAGGAGAGACAUAACACCGGCAGACUUUGAGAACAUUGCCAACGGCUCGAUGCUGGACCCGGAAGUCGGCGUUGUCCUGUGCGGCCUGGACUUCCACAUCAACUACUUGAAGAUUGCGCUCGGCUUCCACUACGUCCGGCGCGGCGCCGUCUUUCUGGCGACGAAUGCGGAUUCCACGCUGCCCAUGCACCACGACUUCUUCCUCGGCGCCGGGUCAUGCAUGAUCCCUCUGGCCUAUGCGCUUGGCGAGCAGCCUACGGUGCUGGGAAAGCCGAGCCAGGCGAUGAUGGACGCCGUCGAGGGCAAGUUCCAGCUUGAUCGCGCCAAGACGUGCAUGGUGGGAGACAGACUCAACACAGACAUCAAGUUUGGCAUCGAGGGAAAGCUGGGAGGAACACUGCAUGUGUUGACGGGUGUCCAUCAGAAAAAGGACUGGGAUUGCGAGGACGCUAUUGCUGUGCCUGCUUUCUACGCUGAUAAACUGGGCGAUCUUCUUCAGGGUGCAUAGAAUCAUUUUAGACUAAGUAUACUCUAGAUUAGAUUUCUUUUAGACGACAACGACAUGGUAUGAUAUCAUAGACAUAUAAAAAAAAGAUUAUCCAAAAAAACAACGUUUCAAAACUCCCCUCUAGAGUUUUCAUAGUGAACCAUAAUCUCAUUAAGCUCCUCCUUCAUAAAUAUGCUGAUAGAGCAAGGCCAUUACAUUUGGAGAAUUUCAGGACUGCGUGCAUAUCAGUACUCGUCCUUUUCAACCUUGCUUCUUCUCUUGACCUUUUGCUUGGCCUCGACUUGCUUGGCCUCGACCUGCUUCUGCUCCGCGCGUCUAGCCAGAUCGCUCGACCUGAUGACUUUUGGUGACGGGGUCCUGUAAGGGACCAGCGUCUUGGGAAUGAACAUGCCAACGUGCUUCUGGUACGCCUUGUACUCUGGGUAUUUUCCGGCGGUGAUUCUCUCAGUGAGAUUGGUGGACCCUUGGAAGAGCAAAACGAGGAGAACAGCCCCGGUGCCGGCCCAGCUGUACGGGGUGUUGGCGGCAAAGCAGCUCCACGAGUAGAGGAUGAACCAGAUGGACUGCUCGGCAAAGAAGUUGGGGUGCCUGCUGUAUGCCCAGAGACCUUUGGCGACGAAGCCCCGUUCCAGUUCGGCUGACGUGUAUCCACGGGUGAGCUCAUCAUCAUCGUAAUAUUUGUACUUUGCGGUUUGGUAAGCCCAUUGCUGGCCGUCGCUUAUCCAUUCGCUGACGACAAGAAGGACCUCGACGCCGAAAAAGACCAGAUCAACCGGUUGGAUGCCAGGCUCUAAUUGGGACGACAGUAGGAUGACGUACGCUGGUACGCAAGAGAAGAGAAACAGAAGAAUGCACUGGAAGAAUGAGAUGAAGACAACGUUGAAGAGGAACCAAAGGAUUGAGUUGGUUUUCGCCUUGACAAUCAUCCAUCUGUAGUCCUCUGAGCCAAUGCUGUAGCCGCCGCGCCUCCAGUAGUUGUACGUCAGUCGAAUACUCCAGAUGGUUGUAAAUGCGGCAAUCAAGUCCACUCGCUCAUGCGGCACACCAGCCAGACGAGCCCAGAUGGCGAUGUGGACAACAAAGAGGUUCGGCAGGAUGCUCCACAGGCGGUCGACCUGCGAGUAGUUGCGAUUGACCUCGGACGCGAUCAGAGUGAGAAGCCCAAAGACCAGGGCAAGGAAGAAGCCAGACACCAGCGGGUUCGUCGUCACGCAGACCGACUUGAUGCCAUCGAGGCUGCCAAUGUUGUCCCAGAAGCGCAAGGGCAGCUCGUAGAGUUGUGGCACGAAAGGCUCCACGACCUUGUGGUAGUCGACGCACUCGUGCAGAGAUUUCACCUGCGGCAGGACCAUGGCGGGAGCUUUCCAGAUGUUGAACGAGGUGAGCAGCCUGUCGAGCGCAGGCAUUGCCUUUAUAUAGCUGGCCAUGGCGGGUAAUCGAUCUGUAUUACAGUUUUGUC